UCCACACUAGCCUUCCUCCGAAUGCAAGCUUUGAAUGUAUUUACACGCGUAGGCGUUUCUUACAGGGGUGCAUGACUGGGUGUGAUCGGACGAAGAUGUCAAAAUGAGGAUUACGGAAGCUUGGGAGGAGUCAGCCCCACGAUUGAUUAAAUUUAACUCACAGGUUGGAUUGGCUGCGUGACGGGGAGGCUUCUACGAGUCGUCCAUUUGAGGUGUGCUAAGGCUGUUCCUUCUUAGAGUGCCCUUUGCCAUAUAAGGUAUCAUGGCAUCUUCACUUCUCGGGAUCUUGUUUAUCUUAUCACACGUUUUCAGCUUUUCCAUUCUCUAUUUUCAUUUUCACUCUCUAUUGAGCUUUGCUCAUCAGUCUGUCUUUAUACAUUGACGAUUCCUGUCAUCACAUUCCUUGCAAAACAUUAUAAACAUUCAUAGCUUUACCUCUCAAGAGAAUCCUCAACAACCCCAUUUCAAUCCCUCAGAAUUAACGAAACCAUUUCAAAAUGCGCUCUUUCUCUCUUCAAGCCCUUGCUCUUUUUUUCGCCUCUGCUUCAGUAGCAAGCGCCUCUUUGAACGUUCACAACUUGUAAGUUUACAGCACCUGCAUUUUCAGACAUCUUUAACCCCCAAAACAGUUGCUCUUACCCAAUUUAUAUUAAACAAUCUCACAAUGGAGGCUGUAACAAGGGAACAAACACCAACGCAUGCGAUGGAGCCAGCCCACCCUUCGUAGUCAAAGCCGGCGCAACCUACCACCUUCCUAUGUUCACUGACAAGAAUUCCGCUACAUCGGUCAAGAUUGCCCGCGAGCAAAAUAUGGGAAAAGUAACUCAGUUUGAAUACACACCCACCGAUAACACCAUGUUCUGGGAUCUCAGCGAUAUUGAUGGAGCUGGAGCCGCCAGAACGGGAAGUCCCUUCAAAGAGGCGAACCUUAAAGUCUCCCCAGUUGGCAAAGAUCUCGGAGCCGGUACUUGCAAGUCAAUCAAGUGCAAGAAAAACGAAGUGUGCAAGGACGCCUACCAGUUCCCUGACCAAACCGCUACACACGUAAGUUCUCUCUUUGGACACACUGAGAGUUAGUUGACGCUAACAUAAUACAGUCUUGCCCGAUCUCAACCACUACCUUCACACUGGAUAUCUGUGUACCAGAUGCUCAGUUUACCCGCAGAGAAGUUGAGGUUGGCUUCUCCGCUUAAGCUGUGGAGGAUCGGAAGGAGCUGUGGUUCUAGGCGCUGCGCUUGAGAAUUGAGCUUGUAUGGGGUGGAUGCUUGAGAUGUUGAAUAGAAGUUUGUUAUAUUGUUAUUUCGCCAAAGUUGGAUACACCCAUGUGGCAGGUGAAGGAAGGCUAGAGAGGUACCUGCAGGAGUUACCUCCCGCUGAAAGGGGUUGAUAUCGCUAAGCGGUAUCUCGGUUCAUGUGCUAUGCCUUGGAUCAGGAAACGGAAAAGAUUCAAGUGUUUAUCGGGGCAUGAAGCCGCUGGUCCUGGUUUCGUGCAUCGACUUUCGGCACUUGAACAUUCUUAUGUGAUGGGACUGGUGCCAGCCAUAUCACUACGCACUGUACAGGCUACCUUUUUCGAUUCUUGUACCAAUGUUGUUUCCUUUUUUUCCCCGUUCUGUUUCUACUCAUAUUUUGUUUCCUUGGUUGGAUUGUGUUUCAUUUAGGUAAUAAUUACCUUACUUACUAAUAGACUUUAGGUUUAAACCUUAGUCUGUUCUCGCUUAUUCUAGAACGUUCGAUCACGUGAACCAAAACAUUCUAGUAUCCCUUUCUAUUUAUAAGCACUUCUAUUCUAUUAAUAAUCUAUAGAACCUCCUAGAAUCUAUCCAAGGAGUAUAUAUAGACCUUUACUGUCCUUGUAGUUAAAAAAAUCAAGUCAUUUUCACAAGUCAAAUUCUUACUCUUUUGAUUCCCGAUGUACCUAACAGUCAUCUGACCAUCCUACUUCCACUGUCUUAUAUACACUCUGUAUAUAAACGAUACCUCUUACAGAUUGUUUUUGGAGAAGUGGUGUAGAUUAGUUGCAAUAUACCUUGAUUUAUGAGGAUCUCGGCUUCCUCGUGAGUGACUUUGGAAUAAAUAUAAUUCUUAACAUGGGUCUUUGUCACCUCGUGAGUGACUUUGGAAUAAAUAUGAUUCUUGACAUGGGUCUUUGUCAAUUACACACUAGUUGUGUUGAUCAGGCUCCCCUGUGAAAGACAAGCGAAAUUCUGGGACGACGUUUACAUCUAGAGGCUAGAAUCUCUUUCGCUAAUAUCAGCUAAAGUUUACUACAAGUUAGCUACAGAUGCUAUUUACAUUGCCACUAGAACGAUAAACGCUCAGACUUGAAUUGUUUUUAACACAUGCGUAUUUAAGGAUACAGUAUGCGGCGCGCCAACCAGCCAAAGAAAUCUAAAGUUAGGAAUCUUGUGCGUACCAACCAACCAACCAACCAACUAACCAACUCCCUGAAAGAAAUACCAACCAUCCAAACAUUCCUUUGAAGAUUCAAUUCAAACUGUUUGCUCAUAUUGGUCAGUUAUAUUUCUUGGUUUUGGUUAAUGUUGGAAUAAAGAAAAGUAGAGGAGAUAGAACUGUGCUUUGUUAUCACCUCGUCCUUAGAGUAUAUAUUACGGCCAAAGUCUUCAUUAAGUUCCCAAAUCCCAAAAACAUUCUACAAAAGUACUCAAAGUCUCCAUAUGUUGGCACAACCAAUAGAACAUCCCGUUCCCAGGAAAAAGCCACUCCUAUACUUGCGAUGCGACAAAUGCCGAGAAAAGACCGCUUACCCUUCCGCAACACCACCAGAAUUAUGCAAGAAUACGAAUUGUGGUCACAUUACGAAAGCUUGUGAAAGCUGUAGAGUCAAUGUGAUAUUUGAGAUAUGCCAGGGAUGCGGGAAAAAAAAGUGGAGUUUUAGAGGACGCCCGGAGAGUAGGAACUGUUCUGAAUGUGACCGCCCGGAUCCUUUUUGGAGAGUGUUUUUGGACCAAGAGAUGACAGUAAAAGAAGAAAAAGAGAAAAGUCGGAGCGCAAUUGAAGGUCGAAUCAUCGACUUCAAAGCCGUCGGACAAAUAGUCAUUAUAUAAUAUUCUUCAUAAAUAGGGCAAUAAAUUUCUAUCUAGCACAUUGAGAAAGGGAGUUUAAUUAACUGUUCACAAAUUUUCUAAAAGAUCACUCUCAAAGUAGAGUUCGCGCUUUGAUAUAAGAUAUUUGUUAGUCUAUCUUGGUAAUUCCAGCUCGCAACUAAUCUGUCUCUUAGUGGACGAGAGAAGCGGCAGAGAUCUCUUUUAUCUGAGCCCAACUCAACUAUAAAUUAUUAUAUUAUGUUAUUUAUUUAGGCUACAGUAAUCAAAUUGAUUAAAGUUAAACGAUAGGACUAUAAAAUUUAAUUGCUUUAGAUAUUUUAAACAUUCUAUCACUGAGAAUUGACUUACGCUAAUAUUUAAAAAAUGAAUUCCUGCUACUAUUGUGUCCACUAGGAGCCUGUUGCGAUAUAUUCUACCUUUUAUUAGUUAUAAUGUAACCUAG